CAUAGCUAUCGGCUUGGCAUACGCGUGGGGCAGCGCUUCGGGCCCGACCGCAUGUGGUUCCAAUACAGCUGCUCAAGAGUGGGUAUAUAAGCGCGCGCCUGCAUGACCGCCUGUGACUUGCACUCCCGUCGUGUCGACCAUCGUGAUGAAGCUCUCGGCCGGUCUCCUUCUCUCUGCGCUCUCUGUUCUGGCGCUCGCGGCGCCGCUUGCGCACGAGGAGAUCGAGAAGAACACGGCGGAUGGGCUGCGAUUGCUGAGCUUGGAGGACGGCGCCGAGCCGGUGUGGAAGACGGAGGACGAGAAGCUGGAGCUGAUGAAGUCCGGGACACAGUUCUUCGACGUUACCGAGACCUACGAGCGCAAGCAGGCACUCGCAGCUAACCGCGUCGCGGCCGUGGCAGCGAAGAAGGCCUUCCCCACCCCUAGCCACCAGUCCGAGGUGAAGCCGAUCCUCGACACCGUCUCAACGACAAACAUGCAGGGCUACCUCACCAAGCUCACCGCCUUCAACAACCGCUACUACAAGUCCUCCACCGGCAAGGACGCCAGCGACUACAUCUACAACACCGUCUCUGACAUCGCCUCCGGCCACUCCGGCGUCACCGUCUCCAAGUUCACGCACAGCUGGACGCAGUACAGCAUCGUCGCGCACAUCGACGGCACGAGCGAUGGCCCCCUCACCAUCAUCGGCGCGCACAUGGACUCGAUCAACCUACGGAAUCCCUCAAGCGGGCGCGCGCCCGGCGCUGACGACGACGGCACGGGCACCGUGAACCUCAUCGAGGACUUCCGUGCGCUCCUCGCAGCGGGCUUCGCGCCCUCGACGCCCGUGGAGUUCCAUUGGUAUUCGGGAGAGGAGGCGGGGCUGCUGGGUUCGCAGGAUAUUGCGACGAAGUACGCGGAGGAUGGGAAGGAUAUUAAGGCGUUUAUGGAGUUGGAUAUGAGCGGAUACUUCGCUCCCGGCUCCAAGGAGGUCUUCGCCCUCGAGGCCGACUACAUCGAUGAGGACCUGAACGACUUCCUGAAGGCGCUCAUCGACGAGUACGCAGGUAUCCCGUGGGCCAUGGACACGCCGUGCGGCUAUGCCUGCUCCGACCACGCCAGCUGGCAUGACGCCGGCUUCCCCGCCUCCUUCCCCUACGAGGCCGUCACUGGCGAUGAUGACCCGAACGUGCACAGUGCGGACGACACCGUCGACAUCGAGGGCUUCUCGUGGAGCCACUCGCUCGAGUUCGCGAAGCUGGGCGUGGCGUUUUUGUAUGAGUUGGCGGCGUAGGGAAUAGAGUAUGCAAUACGGCUGCGUAGAAAGACAAUAAAGGAUUUAGGGUUGAUGGGGCACAAGCGAGGCGCGGUCGAAGUGCAU